CGGCGGGGAAGCUUCGUAAUUCUGCCGAGGAGAUAACACACUUGAGAAUUUAUUAUAAAAAGAAACGAAGACAAAGCACGCUGCUGGUAUAUAUUUCUUCAUACUUCAAGCCACCAUCGUCCCCCGCCCCCUAAGAGUUCUACUUGUUUCCCAAAGCCUUGUGUCCAGUCCUCGUUUUCAGGAUCUCAGCCUAACCUAGACCGCCCAACUUCGAAAGCGGCCACAAACAUCACAGAUUGAUACCCCCGAUACAAGAUGAGCGGCGAAAAUAAGGCAUUCUUCUAUGGGACUUUGAUGGCCCCAGAGGUCUUUUUCAGCGUUUGUUAUGGUGAAAAGCAGCCGCCUCAGGCAAUCCAAGACCUCCAUACAUUCACUCCAGCCAUUCUAGAUGGUUACUGUCGCCACAGAGUUCAAUAUGCAGACUAUCCAGCCAUUGUUGCAGAGGAAGGCCACUGCGUGCGAGGCAUGUACGCGACUGGAUUAACGGAGGCCAACAUGCAAAAACUGGACAUUUUUGAGGGAAGCGAGUAUAAGCGGAUCAACACCAGGGUAAAGCUACUGAAGCUGGAAGGCGAAAAGGAAGUUGAGGGAGAAGUGAAGGAGGCAUCCGUUUACGUGUUUCUCAACGCCAAUGACCUUGAGAAACGCGAAUGGGACUUUGAAGAGUUCCGCCAACAGAAAAUGCAGAUGUGGACACGAGGUGACUGGGCAUUCACAGAUGGUGACCAGCCAGCCCAGGUUGAGAGCGCUUAAACGUCGAUGCUUGCAUGCAUGCAUGCUGCGCCAGUGCAUGCACACGCGUGAGAGAUACUAAAGGUACAUUUCUAGUGACUAGGUAGAGAGACAUGGAAUGGGCGGCUUAGAGAAGACAAUAUAAAUUAUAUAGACACUUAAACUGUCCUCUAG